AUGGCAACAGCGGAUAAUGAUUCCGCUUCUGUCAUUACAAUUGAUCAUUCUGAAAUUGAUCAUCUUCGUGCCAAUGUUCUUAAAUCUCAGAUAGCUACUUAUCGUCUUCUUGCUCGUCAUUUACCUGUGUCAGAUUCUUUACUUCAAUCAUGUUCAUAUAAAGUACAAUUAGCUACUUUAAUUCAAAAUCAUGUUCAACAACAAUCUGAAAUAAUACAACCAACAGCUAUCAUUCUUGAAUCUCAUCAGAAUGAUAGUGAUAUGCCAUUAAAAUUUUCAUCCGCAACAAAUAUGUAUCGAUGGUUAGUCGGAUCAACUGAAAUGAAUACUACUGAUGAAGAUGGUAUUCCUACACGUAUUCGUCAACAUCCAAUUAGUCUUAAUCCAUUGUAUGUUCAACAAGAGCGAGAAAAACGUGUUCUUAAUCGUAUUUCAAAUCGUCUACAAGAACUUGAACAUAUGCCAGCUCAAAUGAGUGUUGAAUUACGAACACAAGCAUUAAUUGAACUUAAAUCACUUAAAUUGCUUCAAUUUCAAAAACAACUUCGUAGUGAAAUUCUUCAUACUAUGAAGCAAGAUACAUUAAUACAGACAGCACUUAAUCCUCGUGCGUAUAAACGUCCAAAACGUCAUCAUCUUCGUGAAGCACGUUCAACUGAACAGUACGAACGACAACGUCAAAUUGAAAUCGAACAAGGUCAACGUGCUAAACAUCAAGAAUUUCUUAAUGCUGUUCAAACUCAUGCACGUGAAUUUCGUGAAUAUCAUCGUCGUUAUACAUUAUCAACAGCACGAAUGAAUAAAGCUAUUCAAGCUUAUUUUGCAAAUAAUGAACGUGAAUUAAUUAAAGAAAAAGAACGUAAAGAAAAAGAACGUAUUAAACGUUUAAUGAAUGAAGAUGAAGAAGGUUACAGAAAAUUAGUUGAUGAAAAAAAAGAUGCACGUUUAGCAUUAUUAUUAUCACAAACCGAUGCUUAUAUUGAUAAUCUUAAACAAUUAGUACGACAACAUCAACAAGCAAAUCGAUUACGUGGACGACCAACUAAAACACUUUCAGAUAAACCGGAACAAUCUGUUACAACCAUUAUUAAUGUACAUUCAACUGAUGAAGAAAUUAAACCAACUCCAAUUGUUGAUCAAACGGGUAAUGAUGAAGCUAUACGUGAUGCUGUUAAAAUAGCUGCAACAAAUGAAGAUGAUGAAUAUGAUGCAAAAGAAUCAUAUUAUUCAAUAGCUCAUCGUAUACGUGAACCAAUAACAGAACAAUCAAAUAUGCUUGUUGGUGGACAACUUAAACCAUAUCAAUUACAAGGUCUUGAAUGGCUUGUUUCAUUAUAUAAUAAUAAUUUAAAUGGUAUACUUGCUGAUGAAAUG